AUGGGCAAGAUUUACGACUGGCUCGCCGCUCCAGGCAAAAAGGGGCCGAUUGCUGAUACCGCUCCCACACAAGUCGUUGCUCGCUUUCCUAGCAGCGACUCGAGAAGUGACAAGCUGACCGCUGAGGUGACCGAGGUCUGCUCCAAGAGCGGUGAUUCGGUGCACAACGUGACCGGGUACGUGGACAAGCAAAAGGACGGGCGGCUCGACCGCUGGCUGGACUGGGUGGUGCGGGCGUCGGGCUCGGAACCCGUGUUCCUGUUCAUCCUGGCCGGGCUGCUGGUGUGGGCGCUGGUCGGCAUCAAGUACGGGCAGACGGACUCGUGGGCGGUCAUGAUCUCGGACAUCCAGGCAAUCCUCAGCUACCUGUUCGACUCGCUGCUCGUGCGGCAGCAGCUCAACGGCUACGACAAGAUGAUCCGGCUGACCGCGAGCCUGCGGUCGCGCAGCGCCAGCCACCGCCGGAUGGUGCGCACCGUGCAGGCCCGCGGGCAGGGGCUGGCGCGCGGGGACGCCGAGGCCGCGGCCGCGCUGGAGGAGCGCUUCCGGCAGAAGCUGGCCGAGGCGGGGCUGCCGCAGGAGGGCUGGCUCGGGCGGGCAUCCACCAAGGCGUCGGCGGCCAUGGGCCACUUCGUGACCAUCUGCCUGUACUGGGUGGGCAUCUUCGUCUGGCUCGGCUUCGGGCACUACUGCGGCUGGAGCGACCGCUGGCAGCUGUACAUCAACUCGGCGACGUCGGCGCUGAUGGUGCUCAUCUUCGCCUUCCUGGCCAACAUCCGCGAGCGCCACGCGCUCUUCACCAACCGCUGGCUGAACCUGCUCUUCGAGGCCGACUCGACCGUGGAGCAGCGCCUGCGGCAGAUGACCGGGGACGAGGCGCCGAACGAGGUGGUCGAGGUGCCGGCGCCCAAGAUGAGCCACCUGCAGCGCGCCAUCUUCUACUACGCCGACUUCGUGGGCACGCUGACGGGCGUCGGCAUCCUCAUCGCCGUCAUCGUCGUGUGGGUGGCCAUCGGGCCGGCCAUGGGCUUCAACAACAACUGGUGGCUGCUGAUCGGCACGUACGCCGGCCUGAUCGGCCUCAACGACGGCUUUGUCCUGCGCAACCUCCAGCACGAGCUGGAGCGCUACGAGGACGCCGCGUUCGAGGAGGCCGGCCUCGACGACGUGGCUGUCAUGGAGGCGGCCGCCAUCGCCGACCCGGCCGAGCACGUCACCCGGGCCAAGCCGUCGCUGAGCACGCGCCUGUCGGAGCGCAUGGGCGCCUUCCUCUCCCACGAGUACGUAGUCAUGGCCGACGUCGUCCUCAUCAUCGGCCUCAUCAUCGGCGCGAGCGCCAUGCGCUGGACCGUCACCGGUCAGCUCCUGUGCAACGUGCCGCCCAGCGUCAUCGAGAGCUUCAUCAUGCUGAUCCUGAUUACGGGGCACAACUUGGGUGAGGUCCGCCGCAGGGAAAGCAUCGAGAACAUGUAUCUGCGCAGACUCAAAGUGCUCACGUAUGUCGACAUGGUCGGGGGAAAGAAUGGCGAAAAGGCAUGGUGA